AUGUCAUCAUUUUCUCAACUUUUUAAAAAUUCAAAAUUAGCAAAAUUUGAUCCUGCAUUAUCACAAGUUUACAAAACUUAUGGAGAAUAUCAACGACGUGGGGAUUAUGGAGUAAAACGUAAUUUACCAAAUCAUUUACGUACGAAUGUUGUGACGAUAGGGACAAUAGAUACUAUGGAACAUCAAACUCCAUUUAAAACUGCUGAAACUUUAAUAAGAUUUACAAGGAAAUGGAAAGAAAAUUUCCUUAUCUCAAAAAGUGUUGAGCCUUUAAAAUCGAAUAAAUCGAAUGCAAUUAAUAAAAAAAAAUUAAAAAAUAUAGCAAAAAUGUCAAAGAAAGAAUUUGAAAAAUUAUUAAAACGAGUUGAAGAAAGAAAAGAUGAAUGGGAUAAGAAACUUUUAACAGAUUCGAAUGUUGAUCCUGAAAAUUGGUUAGAAUUUUUAGGUUUAACUUUUGAUACACGAAAUUCUGUUUCGACCGUUAAAGGAUUAACUUAUUCUCAUAAUAAUCCUGGUGUUAAUUUUCAAAUACAAGGACGGAUUCUUAAUAGAGAUGCUAAUGGAGUUUUUGCCGUUGGUAUUAGUGGCUUGGUUGGAAGUUUACAUUUCGGUAAAGCUCAAAGGUUGGCCCAAGUUAAUCGUAGAAAACUUGAUAAUUUUUAUAUCGAAAAGGCUGAAUUUGAUGAACAAGGACGUCCAAAUGUUAGAAUUUCACAUACUCCCCUUCUUACUUCAAAAGACGGGUUAAGUAUUCUUGAUAAUUUACCAGGAAGAGCUUCUUUAUUCUUUGACUCGGCUACUAAUCGUGUUAAAGAUGAUGAAAAAACUCAAGAGGAAAUUAUUUCAAAACUUAAAUCUUUACUUGAAACUACUCCUCCAAGUUCUAGUGAAGUUAUCUCUCCACCCAAAUCUGGGUUUCAACGUGCUUAUGAGGAAAUGUUUUCAAAAGAUAGAAAAAUUGAGGAUAAUUUUUCAACGAUUUUGCAAAAAAAUAAAGUCAAGAAUGAUGAAUCAUCAUUAGAAAUGAAAUCUAAAGGAAAACUCUCUUCAAAAUUUCAAACUGCUGAUGAAUUGUUUAAAGAUUUAUUAGAUGAUAAAUCCGAUUAA